CGAAUAAAUAGCAAAUCUCAUUUACCAUGACGUGUCUCUAUAAAUUCCCCUUUGCUCCUCACCCAUCAAGCCCUCGAAUACCACAUCUCAAGCCCAUCUCCGGCUCGAUAUUUCAUGACCUACCAAAAUGGGCCAACACGCAUCCGUUCCCCGCAAAGGCGCCAAGCUCCGUGUCAUCGGCGCCGGCAUGCCCCGAACCGGAACCGCCUCCUUCAGUCGGGCCUUAGAAAUCCUCCUCGACGGCCCGGUAUAUCACGGCGGCACCCAAGUCACACUGGGUCCAGAGCGAGGUGUUAAGACCUGGCUUGAACUGUUUUCACAUUGGCCGGCCCAAGACAAAGCCACCGAAAAGACGAAUCUGGAGCUCAUCAGGAGUCAAACCGAUGGCUUCGUCGCCAUGACCGACAACCCAUGCCUCGUGCUCGUUCCGGAGCUCAUGAAACUGUAUCCAGAGGCAUUGGUAAUUUGCACACAGCGCGAUGUUGACUCUUGGGAGAAGAGCAUGGAGGCAGUUUCCAAUGCCGCGACGAUGUGGUUCCUCCGUUUCGUCUUGUUUCCUCUUCCUACAAUGCGCUACUUUGUUCAAUUCAUCGAUUCAAUGCGCCCUGUAUGGCUGUUUCGCUAUGGAGAGACCGAGCCACCCACAAGGAAGUCUUACAACCGACAUGUCGAGUGGCUGAAAGAGAUUGUGCCACCCGAAAAGCUUGUCUUUAUAGAUGUCAAGGAUGGAUGGGAACCAUUGUGCAAAGCGCUGGACUUGCCAGUUCCCAAGGACGUACCCUUUCCUAAUAUUAAUGACAGUAAAGCGAUUGAUGAGUUGGCGAAGAGGCAGGUUCAGCGGGGAUUGACAAGAUGGGCCGUCUUGUUGGCCGUUGGGGGAGCGUCUGUGGCUCUAGCUGUGAGAAAAUGGAUGUGAUGAUGUGAUUUCUGGGGGAUUAUGUUAUGAAAAUUGCAUGUAGAUACAAGGCCUUGGGGGGAGUUAAAAAUGCUGUGAAGGAGAUUCUCAUCGGGUGGUAGAAGCCGGAAUGUGAAUAGACCGCCAUUGGCUAUCUUGAUGGGGC